AAUAGAAGCAACCCUAGACUAUAGCCAAAAUACCUUUUAUUCAGCAGAUAGGUUUUGUAUGCGUACAAUCAACUACACCCAAUCUACUAGGUAAGAAGCGAAGGGACGAUUCUAGAAUCGAGCUUUUAGGGUUUGAGGAUGUGACAAUCCCAUUUAACCAUUCUCAAGGCACAGUGAGUGAGUUCUUUAAGCUCUACCAUAUCAGUUUUAACUAUGUUUUCUGUAUUUCUUUCUAUCAAACUGUUCCCAAUCCAGAAGAUCACAAUAGAUUCAACAACCCCACUUUUUUUCCUCUACAAGAAGCCAUUGUUUCUCAGGCCCAUUUCUUCAAAGAGCUCUACAAAUCAAUACUCUUUUGCACUUUCUAGUCUUAUUAACUCUUCUGGGUUGUGUCCACAGGCUGCUCUGUCUCCUGAAACUUUAAAGAAAUCUAUUUCAUCAGGAAAAUCAUCAAUUGAAUAUUCUUUCAGUGUUUCUUACCUCAUACAUUCAUGUGGGUUGUCACCAGAAUCUGCUAUUUCUGCUUCCGAGAAAGUAAAAUUUGAAUCCCCAGAGAAACCAGACUCUGUUCUUAACCUACUUACAACCCAUGGAUUCACCAAUGCCCAGAUAACCAAUCUUGUGAGAAGACGCCCAGUGCUUCUUUUGGCCAAUCCUGAGAAAACCCUUUCGCCCAAACUCGAGUUUUUUCAGUCUAUAGGUGUUUCAAGAACUGACCUUGCAAGAACUCUCUCUUCAAACCCAACCCUCUUGACAAGAAGCUUGGAGAAUCAAAUCAUACCUUCCUAUAAUUUUCUUAAGGGUGUGGUUCAAUCUGAUAAGAAGGUUGUCUCUGCUCUGAAGCGCACGUCAUGGAUUUUUUUGGAAGAUCAUAAGAAAAAUAUUGUUCCAAAUAUUGCUGUUUUGAGGGAAGAUGAAGUGCCUGAAUCGAGUAUUGCAUUGUUACUGACUCAUUUCCCCGAGGCUAUAAUGCAAAAACAUGACCAGUUUAGGGAAAUUGUUAAUGAGGUUAAGACAAUGGGAUUCAAUCCCUUGAAAUCGACUUUUGUGCUUGCGGUACAUGCCAUUUCAGGGAAGGGUAACAAAUCAAUUUGGGAUCGAUGCUAUGAAGCAUAUAGGAAAUGGGGUUGGUCGAACGAUGAGAUUCACUUGGCAUUCAAGAAGCACCCACAUUGUAUGAUUCUGUCGGAGAAGAAGAUUACGAGAGCAAUGGACUUUUUUGUGAACAAAAUGGGGUGGAAUUCCAAAAUGAUUGCAAGAUGUCCAGUGGUUCUCUUUUUUAGCUUGGAAAAGAGGAUUAUCCCCAGGUGUUCGGUUAUUCAAGUCUUGUCAGUGAAGGGCUUGAUAAAGAAAGAUUUGAGCUUGAGUUCAGUAUUAUUGCCAGUGGAGAAGUGUUUCCUGGAGAGGUUUGUGACCAAAUAUGAGGAGGAAGUACCUGAGCUUUUGAGUGUUUAUCAAGGGAAGGUAGGCAUUCUGGAAUUAUAAUUUGGAUAAGCAAAAAUGAGUACUAUUUUAAAGCAAAUUUUCACAUUUCUCCUGCUGAUGAUUCUUACUGUUUUUGCGCUUCAUUGUUACUGUAACUUGCAAUAUUGUGUAUACUAUUAUAUCAGUUGUAACAAUUGUUUGAUAUACCAUGAUAUGUUGAGCUUUUUACUUCA